CUCCACGAAAUGAAGAAGAUGGCAGUAGGGCAGCGAGCAGCAGCAUUGUAAAGAGAAUAUUUGGCUGGCCAUGGCGUGUGAAGAACCAGAGGAGCCACCUCCACUGCUCUGGGAGUCGUGAGGCCGCAAUGCGAGAAUCGUAGGAAUCCAUGGGAGGCAAAAAGGGUGGGAGUACCUGGUUCUCUGCCGUCAAAAAGGCGUUUAGAUCGUCUUCUUCCUCCCCUUCUAAGGACGAUUCGAGCAAGAAUGCGAGCCCCGCGCUCCAUCCUGAUCCGAUCGAUGUAGUCCAAAAGGAGAAGAAGCGAUGGGGAUUUCGCAGAUCUUCCCGCCGCGGAGGGAGCAACGCCAGCAAGCCUCCAUUGAUCCAGGCGGAAGAACAGCAGAGCAAGCACGCCAUGGCCGUGGCUGUCGCCACCGCCGCCGCCGCCGAGGCCGCCGUGGCUGCUGCUCAAGCCGCUGCCGCGGUGGUCCGCCUCACUGGAUCGCGCAGGAGCGAGGACUGGGCCGCCAUAAAAAUCCAGACUGCCUUUCGAGGCUACCUGGCACGGCGAGCUUUGCGAGCGCUCAAAGGAUUGGUGCGUCUGCAAGCUUUAGUGCGUGGCCACUCGGUGAGGCGCCAAGCAGUGACAACUUUGCGUUGUAUGCAAGCUUUGGUGCGAGUGCAAGCUAAAGUGCGAGCCAGGAGGAUCAGCCUGUCCGAGGAAGGAAGGAAGCAAGAAGAUCUCCUUCUCAAACCAUCCAUGGCCGUGGAUACAAGCGGCUGGAACGACAGUACCCAGACAACGCAGGAGCUCCAGGCAAAAAUGCAAACUCGCCAAGAAGCUGCCAUCAAACGCGAGCGAGCGCUAGCUUAUGCCUUCUCACAUCAGUUAUGGAAAGAUGGCGAUGCGCAGCUCCUCAUGGACUACGAUUCCGACAAGCCACACUGGGGAUGGAGCUGGAUGGAGAGAUGGAUGGCAGCUCGGCCAUGGGAGAGCAAAGUCAGUCCUCAAGACGAGGCCGAGCUCCUCCUCCUCCAGCACCAGCAGCAGCAGCAGCAGCAACAACAGCAACUCAGAUCAUCCUCUCGAAAGUCAUCGCCAUCGCCAAACCUCCGAAACAUCUCCACCACCAAUCCCGGGACACCAGGAACCCAGACUCCAAAGAAGCACCACCUCCGCUCCUCGGGAGUGAGCCCCCGGAGCCUACGAACCGCGCUGCUCAACACCGCCGCCUCCGCCAUCAUCGCCAACGACGAUCAAAACAGCGUUGCCUCCACGGUUCGCAGCACUCCCAGCUUGCCCGUUGGAGCUUUCGCUCGCUUCGCAAACAAGUCGAGCAUCGCGGCCAGCUCCAUCCGCGACGACGAGAGCAUCGAGAAUUGUAUCUCCCCGGCGGCCUCGUCCAACGUCGCCAUGGUUCCAAACUACAUGGCCGCCACCGAGUCGGCUCGAGCCAAGGCGAGGUCUCACAGCACUCCCAGGCUUCGUCCGGGAACUCCGGAGAGAGAUCUGGUGCUGGGCGCUCGCCGGAAGCUCUCGUUUCACGAACACGGAGGAGGAGGUGGAGCUCUGGCUCACUCGGGAUCCAUGAGAGCUGCCUCGAAUCCAAAGUCGGCCUUUUAUGCGCAGAGGAGUCCUAGUCUCAAGGGCUUUGAUUCUCAUGCCACUGCUGCUGCUUGAUCUAUCAUCUAUGCGUGACCUUCAUCUUCUUUGUUUUCUUUCUCUUUUCCUUCCUUGCUGCUUUGGAUUGUAAACUAACACUUGUGACAAAUCAUACUAGCAAUUUUGUGUUUCUUAAUAUUAUUGUUUUAUAUUAUAAAAUUAUCGUUAACAUA